AUGACAAGAUUAUUACUAGUAACUAUUCUUCUGUCACUAUUAAAUAUCAUUGAUUGCCGUUAUGCAGAAUGGGAAGAAAUAAAACCGUAUUGUGCUGCUCGUCCAAAUCCUCAAUGCUGCACUAGUCGUGAUGAUGAUUGUUUUAUGCCCUACUAUGAUUCUCGUUGCUAUUGCGAUUCAUUUUGUUUUCGUGGCAUCGACAAUCAUGAUUGUUGUCCAGAUCAUGACGCUGUGUGUGAAGGUAAAGUCCCUGAAUUGCCAACAACUCCACGUACAAUAGAAGAAUCACGUGGUGCAUGUUAUGAUUCAGCAACUGGUCGACAAUAUUCAUUAGGUGAAUCAUUUUUAAGCGAUUGUAAUUUAUGUCGAUGUAUUACACUUGGCUAUCAAACAACAUUAUCAUGCGAAGAAGAUCUUUGUGUUAAUAGUCCAGAUCUUUUAUCGUAUGUUAGCAAGCAACAGCCUUAUAUUGGUUGGACAGGAACAACCUAUGAUAAGUUCAAUGGUGUUAAAGUUAAAGAUGCAUUAAAAAAUUAUCUUGGCACAAUACCAGAUCGUAGUCUACGCAAUAUGGUUGAUAAUGCACCUGAUGAUCCAAAUGAGUAUUAUCGUAUGGAUGACGUUGACUCAUUUGAUGCACGAACACAUUCAAAUUUUGCCGGUAAAAUUCUUGGUAUCCGUGAUCAAGGUAAAUGUGGUAUCUCAUGGGCACUUUCAACUGUUGAUGUUGCCUCUGAUCGUCUCGCACUCGUUCAAAAUAUUCACCGACGAAACGAACCAUUAAGUGUACAAAAUGUUUUAUCAUGUACAGAUCGCGAAGCUAAAGAUAAUUGUGAUGGUGGCCGUGUCGCAUACGCUUGGGGCUUUAUAAAAGAUCGUGGUGUUGUUACAGAAGGUUGUUACCCAUAUGAAAGUGGUACAAUAGGUAAUAUAACUGAAUGUCAACUUCAUUUAAGCGAUAGUGAAUUACAAAGUAUUGCACAACAUCGUAAAUUAUCAAAUAUUCGGUGUCCAUCACGAGCUAGCGGUGAACACUUCAAUUUUGGUCCCGCUUAUCGCGUUCGUGAUGAAGCACGUUCAAUUAAAUAUGAAAUACAUUUUCGUGGACCUGUACAAGCAACAAUGCGUGUUACACCUGAAUUCUUCUUAUAUAAAUCUGGUGUUUAUCGUUGCGGUGGUUCAAGUUAUGAUCGUCAAAAUCCACGUUAUGCUAAUUUGGCUGCUUACCAUUCAAUUCGUUUACUUGGUUGGGGCACAAGUAUCGAUCCACGUACACAACAACAAGAAAGCUAUUGGAUCGCAGCUAAUUCAUGGGGUACAGGAUGGGGUGAAAAUGGUUACUUUCAUAUUCGUUUUGGCGAAUGUGAAAUCGAAGAAACAAUCAUUGCAACAUAUGGUAAAUCAACUGAGGUUUUUAAGCAAAAGAAUAAACGUCAAUAA